AUGGCAGGCGACCACCACGUUCUCCACGAAGACCCGGCGUUGGUCAAGUAUGCCACUAGCAUUGACGACCCUGCAGACAUCGCUCCCAACCGCUACAAGUACUUCCGUUGGACCCCCAAGACCGCUUGGCUUUCGUUCUGGGUCGCUAUUGCUGUGCCGAGCGUCGUCGGACUCAUUGCCUACAAGAGUGAUGGCAAGUACGAGCUCCGUGGCAAGCGCAGAGGAGAUGUCAUCAAGGAGUUCUAA